UUUUAGGGCAUUUUUUAAAUCUUUAGGGAGAUGUUUUGGGGAUUUUUUUGGGGGGAAUUUUUUGCCUCUUUAUGCUUCCCCCUCCCCUGUGGGAAUUCCGGGUUUUUCCCGGGAAUUCUGAGCCGCGGAACCUUCCAGAAGCACCUGGAGAGCUUCGUGGCCGACUGCUACGACGCCAUCGCCGUCUUCCUCUGCAUCCACCUGGCGCUGCGCUUCCGCGCCCUCAUGGCCAAGAGGGGCGUCCCCGCCCUCGACGGGUACUGGGGCUGGCUGCUGGAGCUGCUGUGGCCGCGCUUCGAGCUGAUCCUGGAGCUGCACAUCCAGAGCGUGCAGGGCACCGACCCCCAGCGCCUCGGCGGCCUGGACACCCGCCCCCACUACAUCACGCGGCGCUACGCCGAGUUCUCCUCGGCCAUCGUCAGCAUCAACCAAACCCUGCCCAGCGAGAGGAGCGACGCCCUGCUGGCCCGGCUGCAGCUGGAGGUUGAGAACCUGGUGCUGCGCGCGGCCGCCGAGUUCCCCUCGCGCCGGGAGCAGCUCGUCUUCCUCAUCAACAACUACGACAUGAUGCUCAGCGUGCUCAUGGUAACCCCAGAAUUCCCAAAAUUCCCCAAAAUUCCCACAUUUCCCAAAAAAAUCCCCAUUGGGAAAAAAGCAGGAAAACUUGGAAUUGCUGGGAAAUGUUUGGAAUUCCUGAUUGCAGCGCGGGUGACGCAGCUGAUCCGCGGCUUCUCGGGCAGCUGGAAGGGCGCGGUGGAGGCGCUGAGCCAGGACGUGAUGAGAUCCUUCAGCAACUUCCGCAUCGGCACCGGCAUCAUCCAGGCGGCGCUGACGCAGCUGAUCCAGGUGUACCACCGCUUCCAGAAGGUUCUGGAGCAGCCCCCGCUGCGGGCGCUGCCGGCGCGCGCCGACCUCAUCAACAUCCACCACCUGAUGGUGGAGCUCAAGAAGCACAAACCCAACUUCUAGCGGCACAAAAUCCCGGGAAUCCGCCCCAAAAAUCCCGGGAAUGCGCCCCAAAAAUCCUGGGAGUUCACCCCAAAUCCCACGGCCUGGUUUGGCCCCGAAAUUCACAUUUUUUCCUCCCAAAAUUCCCAUUUUUUCCUCCAAAAAUUCCCAU